GAACUGAGUGGAGCUACACAGUACAGGAGCGGAGGGUAGCUAGCAUUGAAUGAGGAAGACGCCCCCUGGUCGUGAUGACCAAGAGUGCUGGGAACACCGUCAACAGUCAGCUGAGAUCCAGAGCUCAGCACAUAUGGGGCAUCAUGGGAAUGGCAGACGUUGCAGCCGGUUUGGACAUCAUUCGCUACACAAAAAUGCUGUUUACUUGCACGUACGGUAUACGUCGACAUGUUGCUCCGUGAGAAUUGUUGUGCUGAGGUUGUUCCUGCUUAUCACCAACAGCAAUUUGAGCGGCGUACAUGUAGGAGGGCGGACAAGGGUGGAGGAGCACGAGCAAGUUUACUCAAGACUUAGGUCGCCACUGCUAAGCUUGCCGCAGUUAGGGAGCAUUGUCGUGCCGCCAAUCGGGCAAACCAGAACCUGCAGAGUUUGACCAAAGUCAAGGCAAUGUGCGAUUAUAGCCUGGAUCAAGGUCAAGAUGUCCGAGGGUCCUCUUCCUAGUCCACCACCAUGGACAAGCUUCUUGGUUGGUGUGUCAGCAGGUGCAGUCACUGUUGCUUCAGUAGCUCUCUUGUGGCACUACAGGAAGAGUCUCAGACACAGGAUUCAAGGCAGCAAUGAUGGGAGAAACAGUCAUCCUUCAUCAGAGCCCCGCCCUGUCACCCCAGAUACUCUGGAUGGGACCGCUGCAUUCAGCACUCAGCGAUCCCUCUUCCUCACCGACAACAACCUUGGCUUAACCUCCCAGCAUGCUUUGACAGUGACUGACAUGUCUGUGACAGCUGAAGUAAUGGGGAGAGGAGGAGGUGGUGGUGGUGGUGGUAUUGGGGGUAUUGGUGGAGGGGGAGGUGGUGAAGAUGAACAGGGUGAUCCAGACCAGCUGUAUAGACAUGAGAAUAACCAGAGCCUGCUUAAUUUACUGUUUAAUAUUGCAGAAGACCAAGCAAAGAAAGAGGGAUUUAUACAUCGAGGCAUCACAUGUAAUAUGUGCCAGGCUAGUCCAAUAUGUGGAAUAAGAUACAAGUGUGCUAAUUGUGUUGACUUUGACAUCUGUGAGCGGUGUGAACCACAUGACAGACAUAACAGACUGCAUACAUUCAUUAAGAUUAAGAUCCCCAUACCACCCCUCGCUAAUCCUAGGACUGUGCUCUUCAAACCCUUCUAUCCAGGAAAAGAAAAGGUGAUUAAACGGGUCACAUGGGAUGAUGUCAACAAAUUGAAGAAAAUAACUCAUUUUGAUCAGUAUGAGAUAGAAGCCUUACAUGAGCAGUUCAGAGUACUCUGUAACAAGGAACAAGGAAUCACCAGAGAGGUGUAUGAUCAGUGUGUAGGACCUCUGGGUUUAGAGAAGAGCUUACUCCUGGAGAGAUUGUUCAAGUACUAUGAUGCGAAUGGUGAUGGCUACAUUGACUUCACUGAGUUCACCUGUGGUCUGUCGACUCUGGUCAAAGGGUCCUUUCAGGAGAAGGUCAAAUAUGCAUUUGAGGGGUAUGACCUGGAAGGAGUGGGUAGCAUCAGUAGAGAUAACCUGAGACAGAUGUUCAAAGCUUACUUCUAUGUUACUAUUGAGCUGGUCAGAGAUGUGGUGAAAGCAUGCGAGGAAGAAAUGAUGGCAAACUUUGAUGACAACCAGGGUCGUCCCGUCUCGUCUCUCUUCAGUGCCCCUAUUCCAUCAGACACCGGAGCACAGAUAACCACCACUAACGGCAAGAUCCCUUUUCCUGGCAAUCCAGGAAGCAAGGAGGACAUGUGGCCAGUAAUGGAGGCUAUGUCCCAGGAUGCUAUUGAGGAGAUGGUGGACAAUGUCUUCAAGAUGGCCAAGAUUGAUGCUGACCAAAGAAUAACCUUAGAGCAAUUCAAGAAUCUAGCUAUUGUGGAUAGCAGCCUUGUCGCCUGGUUUGACUCUUUAGGACCCAUUUUCUGAUCGAGAAAGCUUCACCAUCAUCAUCAUCUUCAUCUUCAUCCUUUUCUCUCUUUCUUCUUGAUGGAGGAUUCCAGUCUUUCAAUCAUUGCAUGCUUUUGCCAAUGUUUGGCUUUCACCUUGUUAAUAGAUGGUUAUGAAUAUGGUAUUCGCUUUCUUUAAACCCAAGCCACAUUAAGUCCAAUCUGACUAUUCAUAAACGAAAUUUGGUCAUUUGGGGAAAGGUAAUUAAUGGUUUGGUGAAUGGCCAUUCCUGCCGGUGUGACUUGAGUAUGAUCAUCUAGUGAAGGAAACAAUGGCUGGAAUUCAUGAAGGAGGUUUAUGUUAGACCUCAUUUAAAUCUCCAUAAACAUAGUUCUCCUAUCUGAUGAAUGGGCAACUAUAGCUUAUAUACCCUCACAUUAUUUUACGGUGGAGCUGCUGAAAAAAACUGCUGAUUCCAAGUAUGUGUGAACUCUUAUCCACAGGUGGUGUAUAACAGGCAUUUCAAACCUGGGCCCUGUAUUGUAAAGUUUUGCGAUUGAUUCAAAUCUUUCGCAACUUUUGUUAUAAGACUGGGCCCUGAUCUACAUUUGACCUCUCCAUAUCCUCUCUAACUUGACCUUACCACAUACAAUGUACCACAAUGCUUUAAUCAUAUUACAUUUGUUUCAUGAUAAUGCAGAUAGUAUGAUCUUCCAUCAUGAACAUAAAUGGUAAGUUAAUGGUAGUUGUACAUGUAUACGUCAUAAUUUUAUUACAUGUCCAGAAAGAUAUUUUACUCGGUGAUAAGAAAACUGGCACAAUCAUUGAAUCGUUUAUAUCCAAGCACAAAUCGACCUUCUUUAGUCUACUAUUCGUGGAUCAUGAUGAUGUUUAUGACAGUAAUUGUAAUGAGAUAAGUCAUUAUGUCCCAAAGUAGAUAGUGAAAUAGUGCCACCUUGUGGCAGACUUGUAACAGUGAAAUACAUUUAGUUAAUGAAGAGUCUUGAUAGCUCUCUCUUGAAGCACAUAUCUUUGGUGUUACAUGAUGUUAUUUGAGCCUACUAAGUUGAACUAAUAUGUACUUCCUAUGGUUCUUUGGAUUAUUUACACUAAUGUAACAUACCCCUAUUCCAUCUAUUGUUGCCUUGUUACCGUACAACGAUAGUCCUUUUGUACAAGAAUAAAUCUGAACAUUUUUAGGUACAUAUCUCCUUGGCAUCACAUUACAUGUGGCUCUGCUGUCUUCCUGAAUUGAGAUUUUCUUUCCUUUUACCACAAAUGUAGCCAUUAUUUUGUCUUUGUAGUUUGGCAUCAAGGCUCUCGCACAAUAGGCCUAUGUCACAGUCUUGUAGAGGAAUGAGCUUGCUGGUAAGAUCACGCCGGUGGGGAAUAGACUUAGCAGUCUCUGGUGUUAGGUGGUAAGACUAAUUUGUCUUUGCCAUCAUGUGUGCAUACACGUAGUCCUUCCACGCGUUCACUGUUUAUCCUUUGGUUUUUCAUCGAUAGCGUGGAUAGCCGUAAAUUGACCUUAGUCCCAUUUUCGUCCUUGAUGGAUUUGAGUAAGAAAGUCGUAUCUGACUGAGUCUCCAGCAGGGCGUAUGUUAACGUUUCUCCAACACUGUCCUUAUGUGACAACCAUACAGGAACAAUCAUCAAGCUUUUGAGAGUUUCUUGAUCAUCACUUUUCUUUGCAGUGUGUGAGUUUGAUGAUCUCACUUCGUCUUGGAUUGUAUCUUGAUUUGAGGAUUGAUUCAAAGAGUUAACCCUUCCCCUGUCUUUAACGUGGAGUGCUGUUGGGUGUCGCCUUUUACAGUCCUUCUCUUCUUGCACUCGUUUGAGCGAUGACCAACCUGUAAACACCCAUAGCACAAUCCCUUUUCAACAAUCAAUUUCUUCUUCUCUGCCAUCUCCCAUGCUGAAAAGGUAGGGCACUCUUCCAAGACCUUGGCAAGGUGAUUUAGAUUGCCACACUUGUUACACUUCUUCCCAUUAGCCUUUACUCUGGCUUUCUGAUUAUCACUUGACUUCUGAGGCUGUCAUAUCCUUAAUCUGGGCUAGUGCCUUGAAAUACUCUACAAACCUUUACACAAGCAGACAAAUCCAAUUUAGAUUCCUGCAUAGUUUCUUCCGUA